AUGGGGCUUCACGAUCAUUACCCUGCGUAUGGAGGGCGCGGACCAACUGAUUUACACCUGGGCUUAGGCCUUGGGGCAACUGCAACCAUAUUUAUGGCCAUGCGUGUCUAUGUGAGACUUCGAGUGAACAAAUUCGGUACUACAGCUUUGAUCUGGUCUCUUGUGGCUUGGUUUAUCACUGCUAUCACACAAACGUUCGGUGUUAUAUCUAUUCUCCAUGGACUCGGAAAUAAGAUCGAAGUUGUCAAGGAAACUGGGCAACUGGGCAACUAUUUACUAUUUACAUGGAUAACGGUGUUCUUCUUCAACAUGGCAAUCCCAAUCGGAAAGGUUGCAGUAUGCGCGUUUUUGAUUGAGAUGAAUGCACAAGGCAGUGCGUAUCCAUUCGGGCCCACUCUUAUCUUGAAGAUCUUACUGACUGUAUCUCAAGACCGCAGAAUUCGUCAAAGUCUUGUCGCUCUCGCCGUAUUCAAUAUCGUUGUCAAUAUUCCCCAAAUCCUUCUCGCCUGGUUACAAUGCAGCCCACCAAAAGCACUAUGGGACCCUUUACGACAGGAUCUAUGCAACCACAAGAACGCUGUCCACUACACCUACUUCGUCGGUGCAGUAGCCGCAGUCUCCGAUUUCUACCUCGCCAUCAUCCCCGUUACCAUGCUCGCCCCACUUCACAUCGAUCGCAAACUCAAAUGGGGUUUAAGUUUCCUCAUGGGCGUCGGUGUGUUCGCCGGAGCCGCAGCCAUCGUCCGAACAUGGGCAGCGAAAUUCAUUCUAAGUGAUGACCCUUCAUAUGGUGUUGGCACUCUAUUCCGCUGGGGUGAAGUCGAAGAAUGGGUCGUCCUCAUUUCAAUGUCCAUUCCACCCGUGUGGCCUCUAUUCCGUCCCUUCACGACCAAGUUCAUCAAGUCCCAUGGAAGCUCUGGUCCGCAGAACAACUAUCAGUAUAAUCAGUAUGGGUCGACGGUACGAGGAACAAUGAACCCGCACGGUGAAGCACCCAUGAUCACGACUACUAUUUCGAUUUCGUCUACCAAGGGUGUGACGGCUUCCGCUGAGCCUGUGGGAUCUUCUUCAUCUUCCAGUGAUUCGUUAUCUCGAUUCGAAGAGGAUGAGCCUGAGACACCUCACACGGUUCUGAACGGCAAUGGUGACCCAGAGGGAUGGGUGGAAAUGUCUCAUUAUAAGAAUCGCAAGCCUCAGUAA